GCUCUAUGGUCAAUUGUUGUCAUGUCGGAAUGGACAAAGUGACGUUUUGCAAAUAAUUAUACGAAAUUUAAUAAUUUUCAUAGUACAGCUUAUUGUAAAUUGUCAAAUUGUUAAAAGACACAAAAAUAAUGUAUUAAAGUGAUAUAUAAGAGGAAAUAUGUGUGACGCAUCGUUGCUAAAUUUGUUAAUUGUUGAGAUACAGUAUACAUAACGCGAAGGAGAUGGACGACCGGAGAGUCGCGGAUUAUUUCGUAGUGGCUGGCUUGCCUGACAACCCUGAGCUUCUGGACGACUCGGAUUCUGGGCAUCUGAAAGGAUAUAGUUCCAAGGCACCUAUCACAGAUAUAAGUAUAGUCUUCCCCGGCCUAGGCGAGACGGUGCCCGACGGUUUUGAGUUAGUCGAGUUGACGCCAACCGGUCUGCCGGCGGAUUUGAAUCAUGGCUCGAUGCGGUCGCCGGAGUGCUAUCUCUGUCUACGGAGGGGCAGGGAUCGACCGCCGCUCGUUGAUAUCGGGGUUAUGUAUGACGGCAAAGAGCGUCUCAUGGCUGACGCGGAGAUGGUCCUGGUAUCAGCGGGCGGUCGACUCGCCAACGUGAACAACUCCACCGCUAAAACGUUCAUAACGUACAGACGAGCGCACCCGGGCGCGCCGUGCAACGCUCUCGUCGUGGUCGACGUGUGCGUCAUCAUAGCGAGCAAGGGCGAGAACCCGCCACAUGCUUUCUGUAUGAUAGCAAAGAACUUGAACAAGGGCUUAAUGGGCAGCGAUGUGUUUCUAUGCUACAAGAAGUCAAUGAACCGUCCACCGCUAAUUGCUUACAAACCAGAAGUGUUAUUCAGGUAUCCAACGACAGAACGACGCAGCUUAGCAUUUCCAGCAUCAGUGCCCCUGUUUUGUUUACCGAUGGGAGCGACGUUGGAGUUGUGGCCUAAUAACGCUGCCUCGCCAAAACCUGUAUUCUCCACGUUCGUUUUGACUGUUGCCGACGCUACGGAGAAGGUGUACGGUUCAGCAGUAACGUUCUACGAGAGCUAUCCUUACACGCAGCUAACCGAGACACAAAUGGAGCUAUUGGGAUGGCGGGCCGGCGUGUCUCACAAUACACACUCGGUACACGCUAUAAAGUGUGUUUGUUUGUUGUCGCGGUGGCCAUUUAGUGAAACGUUCGAAAGGUGGCUGUUGUAUAUACUUGAAAUGUCAUGGAGUAAACAACCUCUCAAUAUACCUAUUGAGAGGUAUAUCACACAUUUGUUAGAAGGCGUAGCGUUUCCAGACACUUGCCUACUGGUGCAGCUAUCCUCAACAAACCCAAGUGACAGUGUGAUAAUAACGCGUUGUGACGAACAACCGCUCGCCCGCAGUGGGGCGAGUUUUAGACAACUACUGCUCAAUUUGGGCCCCGACAAUUGUUUACUGUUAUUAGCCCUGGCCGUCACGGAACAGAAGAUACUUAUACAUUCGCUUAGGCCAGACACACUCACUGCUGUUUCUGAGGCGGUAUCGAGUUUACUGUUCCCCUUUAAAUGGCAGUGUCCGUACAUACCAUUAUGUCCAUUAGGUUUAGCGGAAGUGUUGCACGCGCCUCUGCCGUAUCUGAUCGGUGUCGACUCGAGGUUUUUCGACCUCUACGAACCUCCACCAGACGUGACCUGUGUUGAUUUAGACACUAACAAUAUUACAAUAUGUGAAUCACAACGUCACAUAUCGAUAAAAAUACUGCCGAAGAGACAGACGAGAGCGCUGCGACAGACGCUCGAAACUUUAUACGGGAGUAUACGACCAGCGUCACCAGUCCACCAUGCAAGUGAAAGUAAAUACAACGGUGAACCCACAACAAGUUUAGAUAGAGAUUUUCAAAAGCGGAAAAAGGAGCAAAUUUUAGAAUUGAAGAUCCAAGAAGCGUUCCUUCGUUUCAUGGCGGUGACGCUACAAGGGUAUCGCAGCUAUUUGAUACCGAUCACGAAGGCGCCCACGGUCGGCACCACGGACCCGCACGCUCUGUUCCAUAUGGAGGCGUUUCUGCGCUCCAGGGAGAAGACACAACAGCGUUUCUUCAGUCUAAUGAUGCGGACGCAAAUGUUCACCCGUUUCAUCGAGGAGCGUUCGUUCGUGUACGACGCCGAUCAAGGGCUGACUUUCUUCGACGAAUGUAUCGAGAAAGUGGCCAGUGGAGACGAACAGUUACUGGGAAUGGAUACUAGUAACGCGUCCGAGAGGACUAUGUUUGUGUCGCCCCCUGAUCCUUCAGAUACUGAGGGCACAUACUCGUACCCGCGGUUCGAGCUGGACGGGUCGCUGAUGUCGCUGUGCAGCCGGCUGGGCGCGCGCACGGGCCCGCUGCAGCUGCCCGCCGCCGCGCUCGCCUCCGCCGAGUCGCUCGCCGACGCGGAGCCCAUGGCGCGCCGCACCAAGAACGAGAUAGCCGCCGCGCAGCGAUUGGCGCGCAAGGCUAGCUUAUCACCAGAAGCAUGGGCGAAGUGUUUACUAGGAGCGUGCUACUCGUUAUAUUUUCUGGCGCUACCAUGUCGGUUGAUGCUCAAUCGCGGCAAGGAACACGCCACGUUGAGAUCGGCAUACGAGUUACUCGAACGCGCCACUAAAUUGAAAGUGCCUUGCGAUGAGGUGUGCUAUCGCGUAAUGAUGCAGCUAUGCGGCAUACACUCAGUGCCGGUGUUGGCUGUACAAUUGCUGUUCCUUAUGAAACGCGCCGGCCUGCAACCCAACGCGCUCACUUACGUUUACUACAACCGCUGCGUGUUGCGUUCAGAAUGGCCGCAGGAUAUGCUCAGUGGUUCGCAAGUGAUGUGGAACAAGCUGCGCAUGGCGGUGAUGGGCGCGGCGUUCUUCCGCCAGGCGGGGGCGAGGCGCGCCAGCCGGGCCGCCGGCGCCACGCACGGCACCGGCGGGGGGGAAGGUGGUACGUUACCGCGAGUUCGGUCUGCAACAGCUGUUGCAGAAGGUUCAGAGUUGACCAAUUUGGCUAACAUGGCGGCUUGUGAACCUGCCCAUAGCCGGUCUAGUCUCGAUUCAGCGAGCUGUCGCGGCGCGGGUGGCGCGGGUGGCGCGGGCGCGGCGGGCGCGGCGGGCGGCGCGUGCGCGGCGGGCGCGCUGUCGGCGCUGAGCGCGCGCGGCGCCAUCGUGCGCGCGCGCACGCGCCCCGCGCACGCGCACCACCUCAGCACCGCCGCCGGGAUACUCAUCUCAGGCGUGCCAUCCAACCCCGAUUUGAGCGGUUCAGCAAGACCGAGAAGUAAUUCUUUAACAAGUGAAGAACCUACCACCACUCCACUCACAAUUGCUGAAAAGAGACAGACAAUCCACGUUAGUCCAGACAGCCCGUCAGAUUUGCGCAUACUCACGAGGUCGGAAAGUUUUGCUGGUGACGCGCAAAUCCUACAAAAUCUGCAAAGAUUGUCGUUUACUGGCACACCAAACGUAAAAUCCAGAUGUUCGAGGGCGCUCAGUUUCCCAGAGGAACCAGAAAAAGAGGAUCUGUCAACGGAAGCUUUGAAAACAGCGAAAACAUCUCCAUUGAGGGUUUCACCACGCACUCCGGUGUUGGCCGACGAUCCCCUAGGAGCUCUAAGUGACCCCCCGCCAGUGGAACCGCAGCCCCCACCCCCAGAGGAGCCGCCGCCCCCCAAACACGAACUGAGCGUCAGUCCGAAGCUGUUCCACCGUCGUUCCAACUCGUUCCAGGACGACCCGCCCGACCACAACCAAGGGAAACUGCACAGGAGUGAGACGGCGCCCGCUGGCACUGUGUCGUCAAGUCUCGUCAGUCUCGGGAACACGCUCAAGAUCAGUUUUGGACGCUAUUCGCCAGCCAGACUGUCGUUGCGCAAGGAAAACAUGAAAAUCGGAAAAGCUAUGAUCGAGAAUUACUUCAGCCCAACGAGCAUAGCAGGUAAGAAAUCGAACGAGUUGUUGCAAAGCGGCCUCAGCAGUCUGAAGUCAGCCGCGACAAGCAUGGCGAAGAAGUUCGACGAAAUGAAAGAGGUUAUAUCGGCCAACUCUACACCGGUUAAGGGCGCGAUAGGAACAGCUACUAAUGCAUUGUCAAGUCUCAUAGCUGAGGAGGACUCUACCGAUGGCUCGUCGGAGAUUAAUCCGGAUGAAUGGGUGGGCGGCACCGGGUUCCGACGCGCCUCGAGCGACGCCGAGCUCGCGUGCUCAAUGGAACGAGGGUCCUUGGCUACGUUGAUCUCUCACCUUCCUGAUAAUCUCUACCCACCGCUAUCCAACUCGUCGAAGUCGGAGAAGGUGUCGGUGGUGGUGCACAUGUCGUCGUGCUCGCAGUGCCACCAGUGCCUGGCGCUGCUGUACGACGAGGACAUCAUGGCGGGCUGGGCGGCCGACGACUCCAACCUCAACACGCGCUGCACCGCCUGCGGACGGCACACCGUGCCGCUGCUCUCCGUGCAGAUCAUGCGUACGGGCCAGACACAAGCGGAAACAUUGAGUGUGCCUUAUUUAAAUCCGCUGGUGCUCAGGAAAGAGUUCGAAUCUAUAUUAAGUAGGGAAGGAGACUCUUGUCUGGCGGAAUCGGAGUUUGUGGAAUCGCAUCCGAUAGUUUAUUGGAAUUUGGUGUGGUUUUUGGAUCGUGCAAACAUUGAGAAUCAUCUGCCCGAUCUGCUUUGUCCCGACUUCCAAGCUAAAUAUCAAAGUUCGGAUACGUUACCGGACGUGGAUAAAACAGGCUGCCGCGUGGUGUGCGGCUGGGAGUGGGCGCGCGCGGGCGGCGGCGGGGGCGGCGGGGGCGGCGGCGAGGAGGGCGGCGUGUCGCUGCACCGCGCGUGGCGGCUGCGGCGCGCCAACACGCAGCGCAGCCGCGCGCUGCAGGCGCUGCUGCUCACCGAGCACGACGCCGCCGCGCACUCGGUUUCACAGGCGGUGCUGAUGGGAUUGCAGAGCAAUGAUCUGUCAGAAGCACUUCGGAAACUAGCCGAGUGGCGGGAAAACACUUGCAGCAAUAAACGAUAUUAUUCGUAUUACAGAGACAUAUUAUUCUUCGCGAUGGCAGCUCUCGGUGAGCAGAAUAUAAAUUUGUUCGCCCUCCAGCAAGAAUACACGCGUGCGUUAGAGCGGCUCGGCGGCAACUACGCGCGGCCGCAGGACCUCCCGCCCUCACCCACGGCGGUCUGCUGCAGGCACUACUUCAAACGGCUGAGACUAACGCUCGACGAAUAAAGUAUUAACCCCCAAUAAUAUACAAUUGUAAAUGUUAUAAUGGAGCCGUCACAUCGAUUACAAUCGAUACGAUAUAUCGAUGUAAAACAACUUCAUAUUUCGAAUACAUUGAUUGUGGGUGGCAGCAAUAAAUAUAAUUCUAAUAAUUCGAUUGGUUACGGCACUACUAUAAGUUUACAGUGUGAGAUGUUAGAAUCGAUGUGAACACGACUUACUUAGAUACACUGCUUUCCUCAAUAUUACAUAGCGUGUUUCGCUAGAAUAUAGAGUGUACAAUAAUUUGCUUAUAGCUCUAAUGUAUCGCCGACAAUAACUUUAUAAGUUAGCAAGUUAUGAAUGAAGAUAUACCGGAGUCGUAUUUAUAUUUUAAAUUUAUCACUUCACAUGGAAUAUUUAUUGCGAUAAGAUAAUUUGCUCAUAUUUUCUUAUUUUUUUUUUUUUUUUGUUAAUAUGGUUGAAAGUAAAAGCUGUAUUUAGUUGAAAAGAGUGAUACAUAUACUAGAUAAUAUGUGUGGAAUGUAGGGCAUUAACGUUUAACACAUAUUUUGAUUAAUGAACGUUCACAAGUUUUCCCACAUUUUGUAUCAGUAUUUUAAAUAAUCAGUGUUACGUAUCUUAAGGAAUUGAGUUAUGGAAAGUAAAUAUAUGUAUUAUGUCACGGUUUUUUUACACAAAUUUGUUAAAACACUGAUAAUGAUCCAUUUUUAUAAGAAAGGAUGAUGAAUUGAGGUAUUUUACAUGUUCGAAGAGAUCAAACCAGAAUUAAAGUAUUAAUAAGGUCUCAAUGCAAGGCGAGUUAAUAUUUCAGUACAUGGUAUUAGUACUUCAUUUGUGUAGAAAUGGGUAUUUUACUAGCCGAAAGUACCGUCCAUUUCGUUUAUUGGCUAUAUUAAUUUUGAACACACUUCGUGAUACGGAAUCGCCCGUCCAUGUGAUCGAAUCAAGAUGGCGAUCAAAUUUUUCCGAAUCUAUUCUAACAACUAAGUAAUUAUAUUUGACGUAAUCGACUGCACUUUAAUCUAAUUGUAUGAAAUUAUGGCCUAAACAUAAAUGUGUUGCCCCAAAUUCAAAAAAUCACAUCACCGCUGUGGAUUCACUUUGUAUAUUCACAUUUUGGCAUAUCCAUUAGUUUAGGAACGCGGGUGCUAACGGUACUGUACGUAACCGUUGUAGUUUGUUACAUGUACAUAAUGAUGUUGUAUAGAAUAGGUGUAAGUCGAGGCUUUUAAACAGUGGUGUAAAAUUUCGAUAUGUGGUUUAACAAGUAAUGUGCAGUUUUGAAAUGGAGUGUUGAAGUGUUUGUAAUUAGUCACAUUAUUAAUGUCGGGUUUGGAUUUGUUGUUUUUUGUUGACGUUAUUUAUUGCUAUAUUCUGAAUUGUUUACAGUACAUAUUGUAGCUGAAUUUCUCAAAAUUGUAUGAUGCCGAUACGCGAUAUAUUCUGAAUAAAAUAGAUUCGUUUGAUAUUCUCAUUUGAUAAUUUUUUAAAACUUGAUAAAAUUUUAACAACUUCUGAGUAAAUUCUACUCAUCACAUAUAAGCCAACCAAACACAAGAGUCACACUCUCAUCUAUACUCUUAAAUAAAUGGAAAAAAAUUAGUUCUAUCUACAUUGACGGUUUAAUACAAUAACUAUCAAAUAAAAUUAAGAUAAAACUUGUAAAACAGGUCACAAAUCUUUUCACAAUCUACUAUUUGGGACAUUAAAUAAUGUGACUGCCAAAAUUCAAGUAUUCAUGUAUGUGUCAAUAUUAUUUACUGUAUUGUGAUAAUGUAUUAAAUGUAUUUUGAUUUAUAAUAACACUAUCAGUAGUGAUAUUCUAUUCAUUUUAUUUGCAAUUAAAACUAACACAGAUGCAGAAUUUCAGACUUUAUGUUGUUACUGUUACAUACCAUGAGGAUUAAAUACAUGUAUAUUUGUUAUUUCAUCACAAAUUAACAACAUAAUGCAAUACUCAAUGUACUAACAAACAGUGAAUGCACUGUACAAACUAUAUAAACUCGAAAUAUUUAUUGAAACUAACACAUUAGUUGUUAGGUAUGUUAAACGGCUGUUACGGAAA